AUGCGUAAGAGUAUUUCUAGAUCACUCAAGAUAAGUGUCUUGUUUGAUUCUCGAGAGAAUCAAACAUUGGGAGACGCUAGGUUAUUUUUGGCACAAGGCGCGAGUGUAUCUAGUGUUAUGACUACAAAGCAUAUUAGCAUCAGCAUGGUGGCUGGUUUUGCAAAGAGCAACGCAUAUAUUCACUUACUACUUUGUGCGUCAGUGUCAUUGCUGCCGGUAGCACUAGAGGGAACAGGCCCCAGACCUUACCUGAGACCCCAGCAGAUCAUCAGCUUGACCUCUCGGGACUCUUUUUAUCGAAGGCAUUGUAUCAGCUUCAUUGAUACUAUACUCUCGCUAGACUAUCGCAUACCUCCAAACAUGCUUGAGGAGUGGGCGGAGGAGAUGGGAGGCAACGGCAAGUGCGGCUGCAACCUGACGGCGUUGGUGAACCUCGUGAGCCUCCGCAUUCCUAGGGGACCUCCAGGGCCUCCCGGGAGGGAUGGACGACCGAGCCCUCCAGGACUCUCUGGCAACCCAGGACCCCAGGGCGAGCGAGGCCAGCCAGGACGGCGAGGGGAGAAGGGCGAGCGAGGGGAAGUAGGAUCUCCGGGCCCCGAGGGAAUCCAGGGUUCCAAGGGGGAGCCGGGGAAGGAUGGCUUGAUCGGACCCCCCGGCGCCCCAGGACCCGCCGGCCCCCCAGGUCCCCCCGGGUGGCUCAGGGGACACGGGGACUCGAGGACGGUGGAGGGCCUAGAGACCGACGUUCUCUUCGGGGGCAACGCAGGCGAGCCGGGGCCCCCAGGAGCUAAGGGGCCAGUAGGCGACGUGGGCCCUCGAGGACCCCGCGGACACCAGGGCCUCAAGGGCGAGAGAGGCAUAAAGGGAAGCAAAGGCCAGAAGGGAGAGGAGGGACCCCAAGGACCCGUAGGACGUCUAGGAGACAAGGGAACACGAGGACCCCCUGGCGUUGAUGGACUGCCAGGGACCCCAGGGCACAAGGGCCAGAAAGGAGAUCAAGGCCCCCCCGGCAUAGGACGCAAAGGACCCCAAGGAACGCCAGGAGAGAAAGGAAGUCCAUUUUACUCGACGGAAUACGUGAGGAACAUCGUGCUGACGUCACUACAGCAAUACGUGGACAUCAACCCCGCCAACAGAGAAAAUUUGAGAGAGAUCGCCGAGCGCAUCGAAGUUAUCCUCCCGAAGGGCAAGGACGGCAUGCCAGGGGCGCCAGGACCGAGAGGACCUAAGGGCGAGGAAGGGCGCAUCGGACCCGUGGGACCCCCAGGGCACCCCGGCCACCCAGGACCUAUUGGCGAGUCAGGCGAGGACGGCCCCGCAGGCCCCCGAGGCAACCCCGGGCCGAAAGGAGAGCCCGGAUCGCCAGGACCCGUUAUUCUGAGCAACGGAACUGUUAUCGAAGUCAAGGGCCAAAAGGGAGACCGAGGAAUGGACGGACAGGCGGGCAAGCGAGGCUCCCCAGGACUCCCCGGACCCCCUGGCCUCCCCGGACCCCCUGGCCACCAGAUCGCGGCAGGACCUUUCGACGCAGCACGGGACACGACCUACAACUAUGACGUCACAGGCAUCAAGGGCGAGAAGGGGGAGCGAGGACCCCCCGGCCCCCCCGGCCCCGGCGUUGGGGCCAUGGGCAGGGGAGCCACGUACAGCU